CAUUGAAAAAAGGAAGAUUAAACUUAAGACCUUAUAGUGCAUAUGAUAUAUGCUCUUAACUACUUGAGUUGUUGUUGAGUGCAAGUUCUUCCCUUGAGUCGUUCUAAAAAAAGGUAAAUUUAUCAUUACAGAACGUUGUAUAAAAAAGUAGGUGGACAUGGUACGUAUUGUCACCCUGAUAUUGUACAAUUCAUCACUUUCUUUUAUCAAAAUUUAUGACAAACAACCAGGCAUCUUCCCACUAAAAGAAAAAGAAAAAAAGAAAUGGCUUAUAUGGACACCACAGUACCCACCUUGAAGUAUAUAUAUAUACUCCUUCAAAGCUACACUACAAAGAAACAAAGAAGAAGAUGGCUUCUGUGCCUGGAAUUCUUACUGAUUGGCCAUGGACAGCUCUUGGAAGCUUCAAGCACGUGAUCUUGGCUCCAUGGGUCAUCCACAGCACCUGGUUGUUGGUUGCUAACGAUGGAAAAGAAAGAGACAUUUCAUACUUCCUCAUACUUGCAGUUGUGUUGUGGAGGAUCCUCCACAACCAGAUAUGGAUCUCUCUGUCUCGAUACCGAACUGCCAAAGGCAAUGGCCGGAUCCUUGACAAGGGUCUCGAAUUCGAACAGGUCGACAGAGAAAACAAUUGGGAUGACCAAAUAUUGUUCAAUGCACUCCUGUUCUACACAGGGAGCAGGUACCUUCCUGGUGGUCAACACGCACCGUUUUGGAGGGCAGAGGGACUUCUUUUGACCAUUGUGCUUCAUGCUGGUCCUGUGGAGUUCCUGUAUUAUUGGUUUCACAGAGCACUUCACCAUCAUUACCUUUACUCUCGCUACCAUUCUCAUCACCAUUCCUCAAUCGUUACUCAGCCAAUUACUUCUGUGAUUCAUCCAUUUGCGGAGCAUAUAGUAUAUUCUACGCUCUUCUUUAUACCAAUUUUGGGAACUAUGUUGACGAGAACUACGUCUGUGGUAUCUUUUACUGCUUAUAUUACUUACAUUGACUUCAUGAACAACAUGGGGCACUGCAAUUUCGAGCUCAUUCCAAACUGGCUCUUUUCUCUAUUUCCUCCUCUCAAGUAUCUUAUGUAUACACCCUCGUACCACUCCUUGCAUCACACACAAUUUCGAACCAAUUACUCACUUUUCAUGCCAAUCUACGACUACAUAUAUAAAACCAUGGACAAAUCUUCGGAUGUUCUCUACGAAACUUCACUCAAGAGAGAGGAAGAAACACCAGAUAUCCUUCAUCUAACCCAUCUAACAACACCUGAGUCCAUUUAUCAUCUACCGCUAGGAUUUGCUUCCCUAGCCUCUAGGCCCUACACAUCAAACUGGUACCUGUGGUUGAUGUGGCCCGUGACAUUCUGGUCUAUGAUUUUAACUUGGAUCUAUGGCCGUACAUUUGUGGUUGACAGGCACCGUUUUGAUAAUCUCAAAUUACAAACUUGGGCUAUACCAAAGUACAGUUUGCAAUACUACUUGCAAUGGCAAAAUGAAGCUAUCAACGGUCUGAUUGAGGAAGCCAUAAUUCAAGCAGAGGAAAAGGGUGUCAAAGUCUUAUGUCUUGGUCUCUUAAAUCAGGGUGAGGAGCUGAAUAGAUAUGGUGGUCUGUAUGUUCACAGGCAUCCUAAUCUCAAAAUAAGGGUUGUGGAUGGAAGUAGCUUAGCUGUGGCCAUAACCCUAAACACCAUUCCAAAAGGGACCACCCAAGUUCUUCUUAGAGGCAACCUCACAAAGGUUGCUUAUGCCAUUGCUUUUGCUUUGUGCCAGAAGGGUAUCCAGGUAGUUACAUUACACAAGGAUGAGUAUUUGAAGCUCACCAAAUCAUUCAGUAGCACUGAAAGUAGCUUGGUUCUUGCAAAAAGCUAUGCACAUAAGAUUUGGUUAGUGGGUGAUGGAUUGAGUGCAGAAGAACAACUGAGAGCACCAAAAGGAACAUUAUUUGUUCCCUUCUCCCAAUUGCCACCAAAAAAACUGCGCAAAGAUUGUUUUUACCACUACCCACCAGCAAUGAAGACUCCCACAUCUCUUGAGAAUAUUCAUGCUUGUGAGAAUUGGUUGCCAAGAAGGGUGAUGAGUGCAUGGCGCAUAGCUGGCAUAGUGCAUGCCUUGGAAGGUUGGAAGGAGCAUGAGUGUGGCUACACAAUGUCCAAUGUUGACAAAGUUUGGCAAGCAACUCUUCAACAUGGCUUUCAGCCUCUCAUCAUCACACCAAAAUUAGUCGAUCGCCUUCAUCAAAACAUUAAUUAAUUACAUGCACCCUCUUCUUUAUUAUAUGCAAUCCCUUUUUCUUUCUUUUUUUUGGCCAAAAGUAAUCCAUUGUUUCAGUAGGGUUUUUAAUUAUGCGACUCUAUUAAUAUGGCUUUUAUUAUCAUGUUGUUUAUCAGUUACUCAAUUAUGGGAUAUCACUAUUUAUUGAAGUACCAUUCAUCCCAAAAAUAUGGUUUUGUGGGAGGAUAUGGUUAUGCUUUGGCUGGCUUCCAUUGUUCAAUGAGGAUUUGCAUAAUGGAUCUG